UCAACUGAGAAUUGAACGCCGUGACUCCUUUGUUGGAUUUAUUUGUCCAGUUUCCUGCAAAAAAAUUAAAAUAAAAAAAGUAGUUUAGUUAUUGCCGUGUGAAGGUCUGACUGAUUAUAUAUGUAUGCACUGACGGGUUUGCCGUAUGUAGCAACUUCACGCUGUAACGAAGGCGGUGACCAAUUUAAGGAUAUUCACCGUUCAACGUAGAAUGUAAUUAUUGCACCAAAACCAAAGGAACUUUACUUGUGGAACUGAAAGUGCAUACGAUGCUUAAACAAACUGUAAAUAUAUGUUUUCAAAAGGAAGUAUCAUCAACAGUUAUAACUGCGUUGUAGUCGGCUCAUGAGCGAUUGCAGAUUGACAGCGAUGGCCGGUGUCUGGCGACAAUUAACGGCGUGGAUUCUGGUGUUGUUCCCGGUGCAGUUGUGGUUAUGUCUCGGUGGUUUGAUGUCACUGUCAGUUGAAGCACAGUCGAAGUGCGGGCCAUCCAUGUGCGAGCGCCCUCUAUCAACCGUCAAGUCAUCGCCUCUAAAUAUUGAGCAGAGUAAUUGUCACCAUGAAUCAUCCAAAAUAACAGUUCUCUGCAACUUAGGUUUCCGUCAAAAUGGUGACAACUACACCGCAGAAUGUGUAGAAGGCGUCUGGGUACCAGGCAAUGGCUGUCAAAUAGAUAUUUUGGCAGUGAUAGUUUCAGCCAGCGCAGCACUCGUCGCCAUUUUAAUAUUCUCGUUGGUCGUCACAGUGGUAUGUUCCUGCCAACGAGCAUCGAAGAAACAGAAACGACACUCGCUUUCCAAAAUACAAGGUAAACCGAAGAAAAACGGAAAAAGGGAACGGACCACAGAUAACGAAGUAGCUGGAGCAGCAAACGGGCAAGGAUUCGCAAACGGCGCAUAUACCACCAACCCAGAUGAUGACUAUAUUGAUGAUUUCUCCGACGAUGAAGACGACACAGUCCCAAGUUCGAAACAGCCGAUUCCAGAGAGCAUUUAUCAGAAUCACACUGUUAUCAUGUAAACACAAACUGGGGGGGGGGGGGGGGGGGGUGUGUUCCAACUGCGCGAAAAGAUUACAACCGGUUCGCGGAAACGGUUUGAACGUUGGAACGAUUUGUUGCGCAUUUCGCGAUGUCAAUAGGUGGCGCCUUGUGAUGAAGAUGACGACAACGUGAACGUAUUUUUGUUAAGCGUUGGUUUUUGCUGUACUGAAGGUAUAAUUUAAUCCUCGUUUGUUUAUUAUCAUGACAUCAACUUCAGUUGUUUGAUCAACUCUACCUGACUCUGUUAUCAACCACCGAAAACACAUAUGAUUAUGCUCGUGGGAAGAAACAAAAAUAUACUACUUAUUGUGUUAUUGUCCGCCAUUUUAAAACCACCCACCAACGCCUCAAAAGUAUGUUCGCGCCAUAGAGUUAUAUAUAAGAACUAGAGGGCGCACGAGUGAUGCUUCGUGCACAAAUGCCACGGGACCGCAAGAUGA